UAUUUUAUUAUUAUUAUUCCAAUUUCCAACAACGUCUCUCUCUCUCUCUCUCUAUAAAUAUAUACCCAUCUCGAGUAUAUUUUCGAUUUAUAGAAAAAAAAAUUAUAUAAUAGUAAUAUAGAAUCCCCGUAACGGGAUCUUGUUCCGUUGUCUUUUUCGUCGAAAUUCGAAUUUUUUUUAGGGUUUUUGGAGAUGAAAUUUGCGAAGAAGUACGAGGAGUACAUGCAGGGGAGGGAGAAGGAGCUCCCCGUUGUUGGAUUGAAGAAGCUUAAGAAGAUGCUCAAGAGGUGUAGGAGGGAGCUCCAAACCCACCAAGAAGAGGGAGAGGAGGAGAGAGGUGGAGGGGUAAAUUGUAGAAGUGGUGGGGUUGGAUCUGAUGGUGUUGGGUGCCCCGGACAUUGCCCAGUGUGUGAUGGAACUUUCUUUCCCUCCCUUCUCAACGAGAUGUCGGCUGUUGUCGGUUGCUUUAACGAGCGUGCGAAGAACUUGCUCGAAUUGCACUUAGCAUCCGGCUUUCGAAAGUACGUUCUAUGGUUCAGAAGCAAGUCUCACCGAAAUCAUGGAACAAUGGUCCAAGAAGGCAAAGACUUGGUCACCUAUGCAAUUAUUAACUCAAUUGCCAUGAGGAAAAUUUUGAAGAAGUAUGACAAAAUUCAUUACUCAAAGCAAGGGCAGGCAUUUAAAGCAAAAGCUCAAAGCCUGCACAUUGAGAUCCUUCAAUCGCCAUGGCUCUGUGAGUUGAUGGCCUUCUAUAUCAACUUGAGGCAAAGCAAGACCAAUAACAAGGCGGUCAUGGAGCUUUUUGGUGAUUGCUCACUCACUUUCGAUGGUGAGAAGCCCAUUUUAUCUUGCAACCUUUUUGACUCUAUGAAGGUGGAGAUCGACUUGACAUGCUCCAUUUGUUUGGAAACCGUAUUUGAUCCUGUUUCUCUCACUUGUGGCCAUAUAUUCUGCUAUAUGUGCUGUUGUUCUGCUGCAUCUGUAACUAUUGUUGAUGGGUUAAAGGUCGCAGAUCCGAAAGAGAAAUGUCCACUAUGCAGACGUGAAGGAGUAUACGCAGGUGCUGUACAUUUAGACGAGCUAAACAUUUUGUUAAGACACAGCUGCCCGGAUUACUGGGAGCAGCGGCUUCAGACUGAAAGAGUCGAGCGGAUUCGUCAGGCCAAGGAACACUGGGAAUCGCAAUGCCGAGCUUUCAUGGGUAUCUAAGAGAAAUCAACCUUGUUGCUUUUGUUUAGCAUAUUUGCUACUCUUUUCUUUAGCAUAAAAAUAAAAAAAGAGGGAAUCAUUAGCCAUUGUGUUUCAAAUUCAUGAACAAUUAUCCAGGUGAUUUGCUGCGCCUUUUUGUAAUAAAUAACUGUUGGUGUAGUUGUCGUCUUCAUGGAAAAGUGACACUAUGUAGCUGUCGAUGAUUUUCUAUUUCUUUCCACAGAAUCUAUGAUGCUUUGUAUGUCACCAUUCUAUUAAGCCUGGUUCUGUUUA